AUGACUGAGACGAAUAGUACUAUUCCGAGUGUUGGUACUGUCGAGACGGUCGAGGAGGUUGAAAAGCAAGACGAGGAAGAUGUUGCAGAAGUAACGCAAUCAUUGGAGGAUAUUCUGGCACUAGGUCAAGGUCUAGACGAUCAAGACUACAAAGCUGAGCUUGAGGUGCUUCAGAAUGAUCCAAAUUCUAAUUUAUACUCGGCCGUUACAUUUGAAGAGCUAAAUUUGCCGGAAUCGUUGCUAAAAGGUGUAUACAAUAUGAAGUUUGCGAAACCAUCCAAGAUUCAGUCCGUCGCUUUACCGCUUAUUUUAGCAGAUCCACCUGAAAACCUCAUUGGUCAGGCACAAAGUGGAAGUGGCAAGACUGCUACAUUCUCAUUGGGAAUGCUCUAUCGAGUUGAUGUCAAUCUAAAAGCCCCCCAAGCUAUUUGUGUCGGUCCGACUCGUGAACUUGUACGACAAAUUAUGGCCGUGGUGAAUGCAAUGGGCAAAUUUAUUGGUGUCGAGACAUUUCUAGCUAUUCCAGGCAAUGAUUUGGCACGUGGAGAGAGUUUAAAGGCUCAAGUGAUUGUCGGAACUCCUGGUAAAGUGGAGGGUAUGAUCAAGAAGAGACAGCUCGACACUCGUGAUGUGAAGAUUUUUGUACUGGAUGAAGCCGAUGUGAUGGUGGCUGAGGACGGUAUGCGAGAGCGUUCCGUGGCUAUUAAACGUCUAAUCAAGAACCGUGCUUGCCAAUAUCUUCUUUUCUCGGCCACGUAUGCUGACGACGUGCGUGAUUUUGCCCAGAAGAUGGUGCCGGAUCACAAUAUCAUUACGGUCAAGAAGGAGAAACUUACUCUUGACGGGAUUAAACAGUUUUGGAUUGACUGCAAAACCUGUGACAACAGGUUUGAGGUGCUUUCGGACAUUUUUGCCGUCUUGACGAUUGGAAAAUGCGUCAUUUUCGUGCAGCAGCGUGAGACCGCUAAGGAACUGACGCGUCGUAUGCGUGAGAAGGGCCAUAUGGUUGGAAUCCUGCACGGUGCCGAUAUGGCGAAGGAGGUACGCGACCAGGUCAUCGAUGAGUUUCGUGCCGGCACGACCAACGUGCUGAUCACGACGAAUGUGCUUGCUCGUGGGAUUGAUGUGGCUGGUGUGUCACUUGUCGUGAACUUUGACAUCCCACUUACGCGCGACCAUCGCCCGGAUCCUGAGACUUAUUUGCACCGUAUCGGUCGUACGGGUCGUUUUGGUCGCAAGGGUUGCGCUAUCAAUUUCGUGUACGACAACAAGAGUAAGCAGGAUCUUGCAGAAAUUGAAGAGUAUUACGCGCGGCCCAUUAUUCAGGCACCUGCAGAUGACAUUGAGGAACUCGAGAAGCUACUAGCGUGGGAGUAA